AUGUUCGCUAAGGGUCUCACGAAAAUUCAAACGGCCGUCACAAGCCCCGAGCGCACCUUUGAUCUCACUGAAGAGAUGAAAAAUACAAACCGAAUGAAUGUGACCGGGACGGCCGUCUGUAAGGAUAGCCAGAUUGCCGGUUUCUUGAACUAUGCCAUGUCUUACUACAUUCACAAUAUGGACGGCCUCAGCAGUUAUGUUCUUGAUCAGAUUCAACGCGCUCGCAAACCCGGGAAAUGGCUGGUCCAUUCGCAGAUCAUUGCUACAGGUCGUCAGGGUCCCGAUUGGCAGACGAAAACCAACGGCGACGUGUUCAGCCAGCCGCCAAACAACUGGUACGCUUGCUACUACCACGACACGCAAACCUACAUUCUCGUUCUUCGACUUUAU